AUGCAGUUGGUGUACGACUCUAAGAAGACCUCUACCUUGAAGUCUCCAUACAAUGUGUAUCAAUUCCUUGUCGCCAAUGGGGAAGAGACAUACUCAAACUUGUCAAGUUGGUUCAGCCAGAGCAAGUUCCACGAUCAUUUGUCUGCGCUAAACAAUCUAAAGACCUAUAAUUACAAAGACAAGAUAUACAAACCAAUAGUUAUAUUAGUUGUUGACAUGGUUUGUCUUUGUAUCUUGGCCGGACUCUAUGCUGUUUAUAAGUCGGUGAGCAACUUUAGAUGUGUUUGGUGCAUGAUCAAGAAGGGUGACAUGGCUCGCAUCCUUGUGCCGGCGGUCGACCCAGAGGGCGCACGACCAAGAGUAAUCCCUCAACGGAAGCCAACAGGACCGGCGAGGACCAACGGUGGAUACAACAACGAUCCAUUGAUCACAUGUAUCCCAACGAGUCAUAUGGUACCAGAUCUUCUCCAUGUCCUGGUUGCUGUCGUCAGAACCUUUGUCAAACAUCAUUUCAAAUGGCUUGAGACAUGGCUGAACAUUGAGGUGGAUGGUAACAGAGUUGGUAAGCGAGUGAAGGAUAUGCUGUUGGCAGUCAUGGCUCGGCUUGGUCCCAAGAUACCUCCAAACAGUAUGAAGCCAAGUGAGUCCAAACCUACAUCGCUCGUUGCCCGUUGGGAAUCAACCAGAGUGAAGUUCCAGGCUGCCAUUGACAUCAUCCUUCGUCGAAACGAUAUGUUCAAUAUUGAAGACCUGUUGAUUGGAGAGACUGAGGUGCUGAGGAUCAAGUACCAUGAAUACAAAGUGCGUGCCCUUGACACCUGGCACAUGCUACAUCAUUUCUUCUCGACCAUGAUCGAUCCUGGAACAGCACCAGCUAUACGAACUCAAAACAGACCUGCUGCGCAAGCAAUUCCCACUCCUGCUGAUCCAACUCCUGCUGCUCCAACUCCUGCUGAUCCGACUCCAACUCCUGCUGCUCAAUCCCUUCCAUUAUUCGAUAGGGGUGUAUGGUAUUCCCAUGCUUACAUAUUUGCCAAGUUGUCCAUCGAGAUCUAUGGUCCAAGCAUCAUCACGUCCUACGUUCAUUGCCUCUGCCAUCACGUGCCUGAAGCCAUUUAUUUGUUCGGAUCGCUUGACCGCCUCAUCAACAUGGCACCAGAAGGAAGGCACUACGCCAAUAAGUUGGUAUUGGAACGCAAUGCCAACGGUACCAUUUAUGGCGUAGCCGAGUUGUGUCAAGUGCAGCUGAAGCGCGGUAACGUCAUCACGAUGGUGUCUUAUCAAACAGACCAAUACAAGAACCUUCUCAAUGGCACCAACUCUCGCAACGUCACCUACAAAGCGAGAAUGAACGUGAGAAAUCCAAGUGUGUUCGACAAGUACAGAGCAACACAUGGCAUGACCACAAGCUCGUCGGACAAUUCCCACCAUCCAUGUCCAAGCGACAAUGAGGAGGAGUACGACGAGGAGUACAAUGAUGAUAUGUAUGAACAUGGACAGGCUGCCCACCAGAGUGAUGACGAGGAUGGAGGCGACGAGACGGAUGAUGAGCCACACUACGAGUCGUACGGUGGUGGUGGUGGUGGUGGUAUGGACAACAGUGAUGGCGAGCAAACACAGACCGGUACCAUUGAACAUGCGCAUGUUCCAAUGAUGGAGGAUGUGCCACAGUUGCAGGACACAUUGAUGAACACACACUAUUACAAUGAUGGCGACAAAGUCUAUGCGAUGUCGAUUGAGGUAGACGUUGGAACCUGGUGGCCUGGCACAGUCAAGUCAUCUGAUUACGAUGAGCACAAUGAAGUGAUGUCGUAUGUUGUCAAAUUCGAUCAAGGAACAGAUAGUCAGUUGACUGUACAAGAGAACGUGUGCAUUGCCACUGCCUACACUCAACAAGAUGACAGCAGGAUCGAAGGAGCCGACGUUCUUGUCUUCAUCUAUGACAAUGGAAAGACUGGGCGAUUCUACAGAGGAACAGUGGAGAAGUUUAAGCUACAGCGACGCAAGAGGACCUUUGAAGUGUUAAUGUUACCUAUUGGUAAAGAUGGAGUACUUGACAGAUUGAUGGAUGAGUACAACAACAUCCAAGAUAGGUUAUGUGGUCUGUCACGUUCUGGCAUCACAUUAUCCAACGAAGCUGAGGCCAAGUAUAACAAUGACCUCACAGAGUUGGAAAGACAAAUCACAAAGUGCCGCAAUAGACAAACACCAAGAUAUAGAGUUGGCAGAGAGGACACAAGAUGGAUACAUUGGUGCGACAACAUGACAAACAUAUUUAUAAUUCAAUAA